AUGUUGAUUCCUAUAUUCACGAAAUCUAUCUAUCUAUCUAUCUAUCUAUCUAUCUAUCUAUCUAUCUAUCUAUCUAAGUGCAUCAGUAGCAGUCUGUUCAUAUCUAUCUAUCGAAGUGCAUCACUCUUACUUUGUUCAUAUAAUCUAUCUAUCUAUCUAUCUAUCUAUCUAUCUAUCUAUCUAUCUAUCUAUCUAUCUAUCUGCUGUCCGCGUACCUAUCUCUUACUUUGUUCAUAUAAUCUAUCUAUCUAUCUAUCUAUCUAUCUAUCUAUCUAUCUGCUGUCCGCCUCUUACUUUGUUCAUAUAAUCUAUCUAUCUAUCUAUCUAUCUAUCUAUCUAUCUAUCUAUCUAUCUGCUGUCCGCGUACCUAUCUCUUACUUUGUUCAUAUAAUCUAUCUAUCUAUCUGCUGUCCGCGUAUAUUUCCCUCAAUUUGUUCAUAUAAUAAUCUAUCUAUCUAUCUAUCUAUCUAUCUAUCUAUCUAUCUAUCUAUCUGCUGUCCACGUACAUAG